AUGCUGCAUCAGGCUACAUAUACUUCUAGUGAAAUCCCCCAAUUAUGUGAUCGAGUGCAGGAACACUACCUAUUGAAAAGAAAAUCUGAUCCCCAGUGCAGAUAUUUGAUAUCACUUGCAGGAGUUCCCGGAUCCGGCAAGACAACCUUUGCAAAUGCUAUAGCCAAAAAACUUUCAACUUUUGCAAAAACAAUAGUUCUACCUCAAGAUGGGUUUCAUUUAUACCGUUCGGAAUUAGCUUUAAUGGCCGAUCCAAAAGAGGCUUUUCAAAGACGUGGUGCUCCUUUCACUUUUAAUCCACAGGCUUUUAUCAGUUUAAUCUCAAAGUUGAAUGACCGUUCCCAAACCAUCAAAGCACCUUCUUUUGAUCACAAAUUGAAAGACCCAAUAGAAGAUGAUAUAGUGAUACACAGUGACGUCGAUAUCAUUAUCAUCGAAGGAAAUUAUGUUUCCCUCCGUGACAAAUAUUGGGACGAAAUUGAAAAUUAUGUUGAUGACACUUGGUUUAUAGAAACUUCAAAAGAUUUGGUUCGAGAGAGAAUCAUUAGACGUCACUUGGACGCCGGAAUUGCUGCCAACAAAGAAGAAGCAGCCGCAAGAGCUGAUGGAAGUGAUAUGCAAAACGCUCUUUAUAUCAACAACAAGUCAAAGCCCACCAACGUUCUAAUCCUAUCUACAACCUAA